UUCAUUGUUCAGUACUUAUUGUAAUAGUAUUCUGAGGAAGGUCAUUCAGAACAAAGUAAAGUCACUAGUUACAAAAAAGCAGUAAUUUUAACUAGAAGAUAAUGUCUUACUUUACUCUUUGUCUUUUUAUAACAGGACUUGCAAUAACUUGGGCUCAAAGUGAUAUAAUUUACCCACGUCAGGCUGACUGCAGUAACUACAUAAGUGGUCAAGACUGCCCAUCUGAAUACAACCCUGUCUGUGCUUCUGAUGGAAUCACUUAUGCAAAUGAGUGCACUCUCUGUUUGGAGAACAGCCACAGGCCAGAUAUAACUGAGGUCACAAAAGAAGGUCCUUGUUGAAACAGAAUGAUAUGAUAUGUCAUAAAUUCUUUAUACAGUGAAAAAAUUCCAGCAGCUUCUUCAUGCAAUCUAUAUCAUGACAACAACAGAAGCAUAUAAGUGCUGCAUGACAUUACAAAGUAUUAUUUCACUGAGUUCAUUAUACCAAAAUAAAAUGGUACAGUAUA